AUGGCGCUCAGCGACCAUCCCAAAGCUUACGGCUCUGCUGCUGUCGCCUUUGCUUUCACAACCGGUAUCCUUGUCACUCUGGGCUUCAAGGACUUUUAUCCAGAUCUUGAGCGGAGGUUCCAGCGCAAGAGGCGCGCAAAUACCGGCGGCGGGAGAAGAUCUAGCGUCUUCUGGGGUGACCCCGUGGAACUCGAGGACCAUGAAUCUCUACCUUCGUCGCCAACUUUCUACGAUGGCGCACGGAAUGGCUUGGCUGAUGGGAUAGAAGCCACCAUCGGAAACACUCCUCUUAUCAAAAUACAAUCUUUAUCUGAAGCUACAGGCCGGACUAUCAUGGCAAAGGCUGAGUUCCUUAACGGUGCUGGAAACUCCCCCAAGGAUCGUGUGGCGCUUAACAUGAUUCGUGAGGCAGAAGCUCAAGGUCUUCUCACACCACACAAGGGCGAUACUAUCUAUGAAGGAACAGUUGGAAGUACAGGUAUCUCUCUGGCAACUCUUGCGCGCGCCAUGGGCUACAGGGCUCAUAUCUGCAUGCCCAGCGACAUGGCUCUUGAGAAAUCUGACCUACUACUUCAUCUCGGCGCAACGGUCGAGCGAGUUACGCCUGCGCCUAUUACCAGCCCCGAUCACUUUGUCAACCUUGCGCGAAGAAGGGCGGAGGAACACGCUAGCAAGGCCAAUGAUGGCAGCAAGGGAUUCUUUGCGAAUCAGUUCGAGUCCGAAGCUAACUGGAAAGCGCACUUCAACACCACGGGCCCUGAGAUUUGGGGACAGACGAACGGUGAACUGGAUGCUUUUGUCGCGGGUGCAGGCACGGGAGGAACAGUAUCAGGCGUGGCAAAGUAUCUCAAAGAAGAAAAGGAUAAGUCAGAUAUCAAAGUGGUACUCGCCGAUCCUCAGGGCAGCGGUCUCUACAACAAGGUUCGCCAUGGUGUCAUGUACUCGUCGACAGAGCGCGAAGGCACUCGUCGCAGACAGCAGGUUGACACCAUGGUCGAGGGUAUUGGCAUCACACGCUUAACCGAGAACUUUGAAGCAGGCCGUGAACUCAUCGACGAUGCUGUGCGGGUGACAGAUGAGCAAGCCUGCCGUAUGGCUCGCUGGCUAGUUGAGCACGACGGUAUCUUUGUUGGCAGCAGCAGUUCCGUCAACUGUGUCGCCGCCGUCGAAACAGCUAUGAGACUGCCCAGGGGAAGCCGUGUCGUAACAAUUCUUUGCGACUCUGGAACAAGACAUCUUAGCAAGUUCUGGAAGCAUAUCAAGGAGAUGGGAAUUGAGGGCGAGGAGGAGGCGACUAAUCUGUUUACCGAGCUAGGCAUACCCAGCCACAAGGCAUGA